AAGAAGUCGAAAUUUCGCCUCGUUCGUAGUGUUGGAUCGCGGCUCAGGUUCUGGAGGAAGGAAGCGGGGAGAUUCUGUUCGUUUUCCUUCGCAGAAAACUCGCACAGCGUUCUGGAUCGCCCGGCAGACGACGCCGCAGGCACUGUGCUGUUCCUCGUGUCCUCGCGCUCCUCAAAGGCGUGGCAGAAUUCGAGUGCCAGGCGCUUUCUGUCGCGACUGCGGAGACUGCCUGCUCACUCUCGAGAGCAAAUAUCGUUUUGCGCACAUCGAGCUGGUUUCUGUCUUGUGCUCCGUUCCUGUACACCCCGCGCUCUGGUUCAUGCGCCAUCUCGCCCGCUGCGCUUCGAGGCGUGCAGUGAAGUGGACCGAGAGAGACUCUCCAGUCGCGAAUUUUCUGCGCUCUUCCUCGUGUUGUCCUUUCCAGCUUUUGCAGGCAAGCAGAGCGAAGAUCCAGAGACUCAGAACAUCGGAGCGUUUCCGUUUACGCUCUGCCCAGAAGCUGGCACCGACCCGCUUUCCUCCGUUCACACACGGCCCACUGUUCUUUUCUCUGCCGUCCCGCCUAACCGUCCCGUCGUCUCUCCGCUCUCUGUCUGCGUUUUCCGCUCCACUUUCUCUUCCUUUCCGCGGAACCAUGGCGUUUCUCUCUUCGCCUCUCUUCGCCGCCAAGGCGAGCCUCGCCGCCCGCGUCCACGCGCUCGGCUGUAGUACGACCAGCCUGACUUCGCCGCUCGCCGCGCGCGCUCUCGCUGCUUCCUCGCUCUCCCUUUUCUCCGUGUCUCCUCGCCGCCAUUUCUCUGUCCACAGCCACAACAUUCGCCCGGACAAACACGAACUGCCUGCCUCGGAAGUCCCCCUCUACUACAACCGCUUCGACCAGGCAGACCACCCGUCUCUUUGGCAGCUGGAGGAGGAGCAGCAGCGGAAACACCUCGACCAGGAAGUCACCGACGUCUCCCAACUCGUCGAACCUGUCAGCAGCCCCCAUCAGACUGAGGGCUGGUUCAAGCGCCUUCGAUACUGGCACUACAAGGAGACUGCCGAGCCGACUUUCCCCCGAACUCCUGAUCUCUCCAAAGGAGAGCUCGCGGCUGGUGCAACGGUCACCCGCACGAGUGUGUGGCACGAUCCGAACGAGCCUGCGAUCGUUUCUGUCUCUCGCUUCGCUCCGGACAACUUCCGAGCGGUUGGUUUCGCGGAGAACGUUCCGAACCCAGAGUCGACGAACAGCGACUCUCAUCCCGACUUCCGCGAGUACCGCCUCGGACCUGGCAGCGUCGACCGCAGACCGUUCGUCUACUUCAUGUCGGCUUCCUACUUCUUCAUCACCGCCUCCAUGAUGCGCUCCUUCCUCUGCAAAUGGGUCCACUACUGGUGGGUUUCGAGGGAUAUGCUUGCUGCUGGAACGACAGAAGUUGACUUGCGUCCGAUUCAAGAGGGUAUGACCGCCGUUUUCAAGUGGCGUGGCAAGCCGGUUUUCGUGCGCCACCGUACAGCUGAGGACAUUGCCAAGGCCCAGGCAGAUGACGCACUGAUUGGAACAAUGAAGGACCCGCAGCUGGACAGCGAGCGCUGCCCUCGUCCUCAGUGGCUCAUCAAUAUCGGUGUAUGCACACAUCUCGGGUGUAUCCCCACCGAUGGUGGCAACUAUGGUGGCUGGUUCUGCCCCUGCCAUGGCUCUCACUACGAUACUUCAGGCCGUAUCCGUCUUGGUCCUGCCCCCUCGAACUUGGAACUUCCACCGACAGUUUUCCUCGAUGACCACACCGUCAAGCUGGGCUAAAAUAAGAGGAGAUAUUUAGAUGAAGCUGCGCGCGAGAAACAAACGGUCCACGGACUGCAGGAGUCGCACAAGGGAAACGAAUGAAAAAUCAUGUACUUGACAGGAAGGAAAAAGACAAGGGAAGACUGUUCUCUGCAGUCGAUUGAAUGCAAAGCGAAAAACGUCGGUGAAAAGACCUGCCUUUUGUCUGUGUUCACAUACACACCAGAUGGGUUGUUAUUUGUUUCUCCGUAUACGCCGAUGUGAAAUGAUUGCAGUUGAGGUGACGUGUGUAUGCAAGAAAACGAAGAAGGCAGUGGUGGAGACGAACCGAAUUGCGGGGGGAGACUGGGGCAGACAGCAGUUUGCCGUCUCUAUCAUUCUUGAGUGCGGAAGCUAUUUCCUUAUCUUCUCGCUUCUUCUAAUACUGGGACUCGAGAAAGACUAAAGUGCAUGACGCAUGUUGCGCGAUCUUCCUGUUUACACAGCAUCGAAAAAACUGUUUCAAGGAAGGGCACAUCAUCAUGUGCAUUUAAUGUUAAUGUCUGCCAAGACAAGUUGUCCCGCACUUUCACUGGCUGUUUGCGUCCACACCAACGAGGUCUCGUUCGCAGCAGAGAACAACGAGAAAGUAUUUCGAGAUGUGUGCGUGAAGCGCUGCAGAGAUGUAGUCUCCCCUGCUGAGUCUUUCACGCUGCUGCGUGAUGUGAGGGAAAUUGUAGACAGGCGCACUUACGCGCGCAGGAGAACAGGCAUGCCCUACGAGUUUGGACGAAAACACAAUUUGCAUCACAUCAUUUUUCCAGGCGUAAGACACACUGCUUCAUCUUUUACUAACACCGCAUGUGGCCUUGAUGACAUCCGAGAGCCAUUCGCACAUUAGAUGUUGUACACAUUCUGGGCUUCCUCUGUGCUUUUAGACCGGC